AUGCGUUCAGUCCGUGCGGUUUUUGCUCGAAGCUGGCCCCGAGUCUCUACAGCUCGCUGUAAGCUUGUGUCGGGGUGGACGUGGGAAUGCGAGGCCUCUGUGCUUUCUGAAAACAAUGAUGUUACCUGCCAUGCAGUAACUGCAGUGGACCACAACAUUGACCAGUAUCUUGUCAGUUGUUGUGGUUACGGGGCCUCUUCGGUGGCCGACAAAGUCAGACUCAUCAGGGUGGUUAAUACACCUGCUACAUUAUCGUACUUUCCUAUUAGCAGAUUGGAAAUGUUUACAGAGAUGACUAAUCUAAAAUUGCUCACGUGGGCUGGCGUCCUCUGUUGCUUGAUAUGGAAUGGAUUUGCUCAGCAAGGUGGGAGUGACUGCAUAAAAGCUAAUGCAAAAUCAUGUGGUGAAUGUAUACAAGCAGGACCAAACUGUGGCUGGUGUAAAAAAACAGACUUUUUGCAAGAAGGAGAACCAACAUCUGCCCGAUGUGAUGACUUGGCAGCACUAAAGAGUAAAGGCUGUCCCAUGGAAGAUAUAGAAAAUCCCAGAGGUAGCAAACAGGUGCUUGAAGAUAGAGAAGUAACAAAUCGUAAGAUAGGUGCUGCAGAGAAGCUGAAACCAGAAGCUAUUACACAGAUCCAGCCACAAAAAUUAGUACUGAAACUAAGAGUUGGGGAACCCCAAACAGUUUCAUUAAAAUUCAAGAGAGCUGAAGACUACCCCAUCGAUCUUUAUUAUCUUAUGGACCUCUCCUAUUCAAUGAAAGAUGAUUUAGAGAAUGUGAAAAGUCUCGGAACGGCUCUCAUGUUAGAAAUGGAAAAAAUUACCUCAGACUUCCGAAUUGGCUUUGGCUCUUUUGUGGAGAAAACUGUGAUGCCGUAUAUAAGUACAACACCAGCCAAACUCAGAAAUCCUUGUACAGGUGACCAGAACUGUACAAGUCCAUUUAGCUAUAAAAAUGUGCUCAGCCUUACCAGUGAAGGAAAUAAAUUCAAUGAACUUGUAGGUAAACAGCACAUUUCUGGGAAUUUAGAUUCUCCUGAAGGUGGAUUUGAUGCAAUAAUGCAGGUUGCAGUUUGUGGGGAACAAAUUGGCUGGAGAAAUGUUACAAGACUACUAGUGUUUUCCACGGAUGCUGGAUUUCACUUCGCAGGAGAUGGUAAACUUGGUGGAAUUGUUUUACCAAAUGAUGGGAAAUGUCAUCUGGAAAAUAAUAUGUAUACAAUGAGCCACUAUUAUGAUUACCCCUCUAUUGCUCAUCUGGUACAGAAGCUUAGUGAGAACAAUAUUCAGACAAUCUUUGCUGUUACUGAGGAGUUUCAGGCAGUUUAUAAGGAAUUGAAAAAUCUGAUACCAAAGUCAGCAGUGGGAACAUUGUCUUCAAACUCCAGCAAUGUGAUUCAGCUCAUCAUUGAUGCAUACAAUUCCCUUUCUUCAGAGGUUAUCCUGGAAAACACCAAGCUACCAAAGGGAGUGACAAUCAGUUAUAAGUCUUUCUGCAAGAAUGGAGUGAAUGACACACAAGAAGAUGGGAGGAAAUGUUCUAACAUUUCAAUUGGAGAUGAGGUUAAAUUUGAGAUUAAUGUGACAGCUAAUGAAUGUCCAAAGAAAGGACAAAAUGAAACUAUUAAAAUUAAACCACUGGGAUUCACUGAAGAAGUGGAAAUUAAUCUCCAGUUCAUCUGUGAAUGUCAGUGUCAAAGUGAAGGAGAACCUAAUAGUCCAGCCUGCCAUGAAGGAAAUGGAACAUUUGAAUGUGGCGCCUGCAGGUAA